AUGGUCCGUACUGCUUUGAAGAAAGCGCGCCGAGGAGUGGGUAAUAUACCUUCCCCUGAUAAAAGAGGUCAUCACAUACCUUGCAACAAAUUUAGCGAAGACAACAUAAAGUUUGCUAAUGAUCACAUAGAUUCAUUUCCAAAAGUGCCUUCUCAUUGGUGCCGUAAAGAUACAAAAAAGAUUUAUUUGGAGACCAUUCUUAAUAAAGAAAAAAUGUACGAAUUAUAUAAGCAGCAAUGUUUGGAGAACCAUAAGAAACCCAUUGGAAAAACUUCGUAUAAAGAACUAAUUUUAAAUAAGAAUAUAGGUUUCCACAAACCAAGAAAGGACCAGUGUUGGUGUAACAAAUAUGAGCAAUUAACUGAAGAAGAACAAAAGGCGAAACAAGAAGAAUACGAAGAGCAUGUUAACAGAAAAUACUAUGCACAGGAAGAAAAAACAUCGGAUAAAAUUAAAGCAAUAGAAGAUAGUCGCUCGCAUGUUUGUACUUUUGACUUUGAAGCAGUGCUAUAUUGUCCUUUGGUUUUAGGAAAACCUGUAUUUUAUAAACGGAAGUUAGGUAGCAUGAAUUUCACAAUUCACAAUGCAGCGACUAAACAAGGCUAUUGUUAUUUUUGGCCGGAAUAUGAAGGCAACCGUGGAUCAAACGAAGUAUCAACAUGUCUCUAUAAUUACAUCUCAAAUCUCUCCAAUGUCGAUCACCUGAUUUUAUUUUCUGACUGCUGUCCAGGGCAGAAUAGAAAUUCUGUGCUUGUUGCUAUGUUCAAUUAUAUCAUUACAUCACCUGACAAUGAGAUUAGAGUCAUUGACUAUAAAUUUCUUGAACCUGGUCACACCUACAUGGAGUGCGACAACAUGCACUCCACAAUUGAACGAGCUUCUGAGUAUGCCAAAAUCUACAUCCCUGAUGACUGGCAAAAUGUCAUACGACUAGCUCGUAAAGACAAUCCAUAUAAUGUUCAAGUUAUGGAACACACAGACUUUUUGGAUUUCAAAUCACUGCGAAGUACUAUUAUUCCAAAUACAAUGAAAGCCACUGAUGGAACUGUUUUGCAAUGGGCUAACGUAAGAUGGUUACGAUUUAAUAAAAACAUUCCCCAUUCGUUGUUUUUUAAAUAUGAUUACUGGGAAGAAUUCAAAGAGGUAAAAUUAAAGGAGAGAGUGACUAGAUCGGAACAUAAUUCGAAUCUUGCAAAACUGUACCCAGGACAAAUUUUGUUAAAACAAGCAAAACAUAAAGAUCUGAUGGAAAUGUGUCGAGAUGGGACGAUAACCAAGAAUCAUAACUACUACUAUGAAAAACUUCAUGUUCAGUCUGUAUCAGGAUCGUUGCCUCAGACUAGGCCUCGUCAAGAUGAUGACGAAUUGGAAUUAUCUGCAACACGAGCCUCAUAUUUAAGACGUCGGUCAGGGAAAAAGAAUUAA